UGCAGUUCCAGUGACUCAACUGAGAUGCUGGCAUUAGUAUUACUGUCAAGCUACUUUGCUGUGUUCACUUUUGCUGAAGACCUUGCAACACCUGGUGAUCAAGUGAAAGAUGGCAGCUCCCUAUCUCUCUCAGCUUACGCAUACCCAAAACCACUUUCCUACGGAAUAUAUGGUGAAGAUUUUGAUCGUCCGCACAGUGCUGCAAGAAACGCGGAAUAUGAAGUAAAGAGCAAUUAUGCUGCUGUUGCUGCCCAGAACGCAAAGACGGCAAAAGUCGCCCUGCACUCCAAACUUUCUAUCGUCUCAUCCUUGAAACACCAACUGGCAUCAGCACAACAUCGGCUUCAUGGCGAAACAGACCAAUACCGCCAAUCAGAAGUCGCUGCGAAAUCAGCCCAACAUGCAGCUGCUAAAGCGCAUGCGCAGGUCCACGAGCUGACGCACGCACUAACAGUUGCGCAUGCGAACGCACAGAAAGCCGACUUAGCUGCAGCUGAAGCCGAUAAAGUCGCAGCUACGCAGAAAGACAUGGUGUUCCACGCGAAGCAAAUCGUUGCUAAUCUGGUUGCGCAGCUGAAGGUGGCCCUGGCUCAUCUGCUGGAUACGGAGGCGUCUGUUAAGAAGGCUCAAGCUGCAGCUGAAGAGAGUUACGCCAAUGCUAAAUAUGUAUACUAAGCUUCAAUAUACAAUUCUAUUGCAACUGA